GUGUGUGGGUAAGACAGUGCUUUUGAGAGGUACUGAAAAAGUGGAAAAGAGACGAAAGGAAGUCUUUCCCCCUCCAAGUGGCUUGCAGCAAACCUAAGUAAUUUUUCAUUUCAGAUUCCUUGUUUGUGUGUGACAGCAGAAAUCUUCCAGAAUCCCUGAGGAUGACAUCAGGUUAAGAAAAAACAGAGACCAAAACUGUGCCAAUUUCUUGGAGCCAUCUACUGUGCUUGCUACAAAGGAAGAGAAAAUGGAAAUUGAAGUUCCGGUUUCUGAACAUAAAAGCAUCACCACAGUGGCUUCACCACAUCCCAUAGACAAUCCAACCCACUUCUUUUCGCCUGCUUCUAGCCAAAAUGGACUUAGGGACAGGCAUGAAUCUCUGGACAGUGAAGUUGCUAAAGAGAUCAGAUACCUAGAUGAAGUGCUGGAGGCAAAUUGUUGCGAUUCUGCUGCAGACAGUACAUUUAAUGGGACAUCCUCCCCUGAACCAAGUGUAGUCUCGAUUAUGGAUGGUUCAGGAGCAUCUGCUAAUGUCAAUAAAGAGUCAGUAUCUAGUGAAAGGGAAAAAAAUGUAGCAGACAAGCAGGUAUCCUUGGAGGUUGAGCCAUGUGAAGCUAAUAUAACAGAUGAGAAUCUGAAAUCUAAUGGCCAUUCCUUGAGUGGUCUGAAAGAAGACACUAGGGAGAGUCUGAAGGUGCCAGGAAGUCCCACUUCUUCAAACAGUUCUAGAAGAUCCUCUAAGGAUGGAGAAACAACUCUUACAACCCUUAAGAAAGAGGCAAAGUUUGAACUGCGAGCCUUCCAUGAAGAUAAAAAGCCCUCAAAGCUCUUUGAAGAUGAGGAAGAGAAGGAAAAAUACAGAGUCCGCAAAGUGAGGCCAUCAGAAGAAAUGAUGGAACUUGAAAAAGAAAGAAGGGAACUCAUUAAAAGCCAGGCUGUCAAGAAAAACCCCAAUAUUGCUGCCAAAUGGUGGAACCCUCCUCAGGAGAAGCCCCUGGAGGAUGAAGAGCAUCUGGAGUCUCACAAGAAGUACAAGGAGCGUAAGGAGAGGCAGCAGCAGCAGCAGCAAGGUGCGACACCAACAUCCCCCAAAGAGGUCAGCUGCUCCUUUGUAUCCCCAGAGCCAGUCAAUAUCAAGAAAGAAGAUAUUGUCACAGAGCAAAUUGACUUCUCGGCUGCCAGGAAGCAGUUCCAGCUGAUGGAGCAUUCAGGUCCAUCUCAGGGUCAGGCUGCACCAAGGCGGUCAGUAACACCCAAAAUGUUCUCCGUCAAACCCUUCUACAAAAGCCUCAAUUCUCCAUAUGUGGACAGGCCGAUGUUCUCUGUGACAAGACCUGUUUCAGUGUGCGGGCAAAGUGGACCACUUGAGGGUAACAAUGCCACAGUCGUCAAAGCACAGAAAGUCUCCUGUAGCUCAGAAGAUGACAAAAGUACUCAGACUACCACAGCUGACACAGCAAGAGAGUUAUCCUGCAGUGAUAGCCCCAGAGCUGGACCAGCCUCAAAACUGUGGUCAGAGGAUGGAGAAUUCAUGAGUGCAAGGGCGGUCUUCACAAUGGUGAAGGACGAUGGACAGGGAAUUCUAGAUCACUUCCCAAAGUCAGGCAGUGCCUCUUCACCGCCAGAGGAGCUUGACUCUGGUUUGGAUGACUUGUCUGUCAGGUCUCAGGAUACCACCGUCUUGGAGACCCUUUCCAAUGACUUCAGCAUGGAUAAUGUAAGUGACAGCGGUGCCUCCAAUGAGACCAUGAGCACCCUGCAGGAAAGUUCUCUAGCGGAUUUCUCUCUGCCACAGACCCCGCAGGCUGAAACUCCAUCAGAGUGCAGGGCUGAAGGCAUCUCCAAGUCUUUCAGUGACCCAGGCUGUGAUUCCCCCUCCUCCACUUUGGCAGACUCCAUGCUGAUGGAUGACCAGCUGGACUACCACGCUGGCCUGCUGGUUCAAAACGCCAUCCAACAAGCCAUAGCUGAGCAGGUGGAUAAAGGAAACUCGAAGGAAGAAGAAAUCCCAGCAGAGAAAGAGGUCUCAGCCAAAGAGCAGCCAGCCAGCACCAGGCCAGCUCCAGCCUCUAAGGAGCAUCAGAACCCAACGUUUGAACCACCCCAGGUGUCUUCACCAGUUCAAGAAAAAAGGGACACCAUACCAAAGACUUCAAAAGAGGAAGACUCAGGACUCAGGGAAGGGAAGAGUUUGCAGCAGUCACCCAUGUACUCAGCCACCCAACCAUUCCUUGUGGAGGAAAACAGGCAUGAAGUCAGCUAUUUUAGCAAGUAUUCAGAGGCAGCGGAGCUUCGGAGCACCGCCUCCAUCCUGGCCACACAGGAGCCUGAAGUGACUGUGGGCCCUUUCAAGUUACGGUCGAGGAAACAGCGGACUUUGUCGAUGAUAGAAGAAGAGAUCAGAGCUGCCCAGGAACGAGAAGAGGAGCUGAAGAGGCAGCGGCAAGGUCUACAAAUGGCACCAAGCCCUGUUACAAAGAGUGCACCACCCAUGCCCACCAGAACUGUGUGUUAUAAAACUACACCAGGGAAGAUUGAGAAGAUCAAGCCUCCUCCAUCCCCCACCACAGAAGGCCCUGCUUCACAGUUGGACCCUCCAUCUGAGGAGUCUGCAGGAGCCCAGCGCCCCAAGAACCUGAUGCAGACCCUCAUGGAGGAUUAUGAAACACACAAAACCAAGAGACGAGAAAGGAUGGACGACAGUGCGGUCCUCGAGGCAACCAGGGUGAACCGCAGGAAGAGUGCUCUGGCAUUGCGCUGGGAAGCUGGCAUUUAUGCCAACCGAGAGGAGGACGAGUAAACACACUGCAAUGUGAAGACAGCAACCAGGCACGCCGGAACCAAAAAAAAAAGAGAAAGGAAGAAAAAAAAAAAAAAACCACCACAAUCACAAAAACCCACCAUGAAAGCAGCACCAUUUUAGCCCAAUAUUUAUUAAAUAUACAACAAACUCGAUGCACGUAGACACAGAAAUGAUCCAGCUCCUGGCAAUCCUACAACUACAGGAAAAACACACCUAGAAAACAGCCCCUUCUUCUUCCCUCCAUCUCCCGUCUGAAAUAAUGCAAUGGAGAGGGUGCAGGGGGUGGGAGCCCUUGGGGGUGGGCACAAGAGGGUGACUGUGCCCAUGGACCAGAUAGGCUGCAGGCAUCUGUCAGGAAGUCAUUCAUGGAGGAGUCUGUGGCCAGGGCUCACACCUGUAUUUCUCACUGACUGAAUUGCCAGCCCUGCUUUCCCCCAGGACCACGGUCCACCCAGCAGCUCCUGUCAGAACUUCCUACAAUUCCUUCGCCUCCCACAGCCACUGCACAAGACCAUCAGCAUUAAUUCGGCAUACUGUUAUCCAGCCACAAAACACAAAGAUACUGCCCUCUGUUCUGUUUCUUUGAGGAGACUGAAGGGUUGGGUUUGGGAUUGGGUUGGUUUUGGGGAUGUGGGUUCUGCUCCCCUUUCUAGUAAUUUAUCUGUUUAAAACAAGAAAAACCCAACAAACAGAGAGGCAGUUACUGCAAAUGUACAAUCCAGCAUACUCAAACAGUCCUUGUGUUGCAAACACAAGCCAUCACAAUUUAGGAGUGGAAUAGAUGGGGAUGAGAGCUAAGCCAAAUGGAUUACCUUAGCUUUAGGAUACUAUAUGCUUGCAAUAUCACCUGAACUCCAGGUUCUCAGAGCAUAUUUACGCAACAAAGUUUCAAAGUACAAAAUCUGUAUUUAGCGGAUGACAACUAUUUUUUGAUGGUGGGGUGGGAAAGAAUGGCAUGUGUGUAAAAUCUUUGAAGAUGGAUAAUUUGAAGUAGAAAGGUAGUGAGAAAGGGAUGCAAAUAAAGGACAUUUAAUUUUUAAAUGAGGCAAUAAAUGAACUAAGCCAGAUUCUGGUCUAGAAAGAGGUAUGAAAUAAAGAAGAAAGAGAGUUAUGUCUUCAACUAUAUUUAUACAACUUAAAAAGCCUUUGAAGUAGAGUGCUUUGUGGAAGUCUUCACGUUUCCAGGCAACAAAAAAGCUAAAGGGCAUAAGGAGUUGGAAGGAAUGAGCAAGGAAGAACAGACAAGGGAAGAAAAUACUAUUUUAGCCGUUAAGCCAGUGUUUUCAGUGCUACAAGCAAACCAUAGAGCCUUUAGUUAUUGCUUAGGCUUGGGAUCAGCAGCAGUGAAGGAUUAGUGUGGGUGUGUGGGUGUGUGUGGGUGUGUGAGUGAGUGUGUGGGGGAGUGCACGAGGCUGGCAUACCAUAAAGUGUAUGGCAGUGCGUGCACUGAUUAUUUUCUCCACAGCUGUUUACCAGCUAUAGGGGUGAUUGCUAUUUUUUUUUUUUUCUGAAAGGGGAUAUAAAAAUAAGGCACUGAGUUAAUGCAGUAUUUGUGAUAUUAAAAUUUGACCCAACAUGAUAUUUGCAUGAGUCACAAUUGCAAAGUAUUGACCAGUUUUGUAAGCUGACAAUUAGGAAAAGAAAUGUGGUAUUUAUUCUUGUGCUUUGUAUUUCUAUGUAGUAUAGAGGCUGCGGGUUUACUCUUUCUUAUCACCAAGCAAUACAAUAGGAAUAUUUUACAACUGGGAACCAUAAUUUCUGGACUAGAAACCAAAAAGUUUGGGAGAUGAUGGGAAAAAAACCACCAAACCAUUAUUCUCUAAAAAAAUAUUUUUUUAUAUAAUCAGUUAUUAUUUUGAUGGCUUUUAAAAAGUCAUCAGUCAGGAUACUGUGUCCUCCCUAAGCCUUUCCUUGGUUUCAUGACAUGCUGUGCUUUUUUAUCCUGAAACAGUGAGCUCAUUUAAAAUGAGUACUGUUACUGUGAACAUACUUCUGGUGCUUUUUAAAAAUAAACACAGAGCUUGCAACCAAAUUAUUCACUACCACCGCCACCCUUCAGUUCCUCCAGCAUGUGAUUUCUGUCCAUGGACACUUAGGAUUUUCAGGCUUAUUUUCAGGGAACUAUAGUAAAUACAUUUAUAUCUACCCAUUGACUCAGUUCUUUCCAUUUUCUCUGUAAGUGCUACUGAACUGAAGAAAACCUGCUGAACCAAGAGUUCUCUGUGAUGAGGGCAGCAAGCUUAUCUCAAGGAGGGGCACCAUGGGGAUGUUCCAUGCCUGUGAAAGAAUUAUGUAUCUAAUGAAGUGGACCUGUUUUUCAGGCGUGGUAAUCACAGGUGAAUCAAGGGUAAUUCCCGUCUCAAGGCUGGUUGUUACCAUACAGCUGUAGGAAAAGCACCAGCACCAGUGCAGCAGUAGUGAGACCAUGUGUCACAUAGCUGCAGAUGUGAGCUCCACACACCUGUGUCAAGAAGAUUCCUGGCCUUUGGGGAGAGCUAAGAGAGACUGGGAAAAAGGAGUUUUCUGAGACUAGGAGAUGGCCUCUGUGGUGUGGUGGUCUUGCAUUAAAUGGCGCUCAUCAGCAUUUCUCCCAGUAUUUGCUCCUAAAACCUGGGUCAGCCCUGGACUGCCUUCCCAGGAAUUUGCAUCUUUAUUUUCUUUAGUCUAGAAGCCUGUUUUUUCCCUCCAGCUUUCUCACUGGAAGCUACUGACAAUAAUCAACCAUCAUAAGACAUCUUUUCUUGCUUUGUUCUGUGUGAUAGAAGCAUUUGCUUUCAGCCCCUGCAACAAAAGUAUUUCACCCAAGGACAGAUAGACUUUUCACCCAGCAGUUUUUCUCUUCCAGAAAUUAUGGACAGAGUCAGCAGCACAUUUAGUGCUGUGGUAACAAGAGUGAGAUGCAGUUUACUUGCCUCUGUUACUUCAUUUGCAUGCUACCAAGCUUAGGUGUUUAUAAGUAUACGGCAGUAAUACAUAUCUAUCUAUAUAUUACUAUAUCAAAUGCAACAAAAGAGCACUAUUGCAGAGUUAACUUUGUCUCCACAAAAGAAAUGCUCAGAUCCUUUCCUGUGGCAAAGACUGGUUUUAAUGAAACUGUGUAUUGAAAAAUAGUUAAGCGUUAGCCUUUGUGAUUAUAAUUGGUUUGAGGUUACAGUGCAGGUUUUCUGAACAAUUUGUUUUUAAAGCUGCCGAUUUGGGCUUCAUCUUGUUCUAUACUGACGUUUCUGAGGGAAAAUAGAGUAGUAUUGACAUGUUUGGCAACCAAAAGGUAGCAUCUUUGUCAUGACUUAUCAACCACUUUCAACAAUACCUAGCUUUCUGUAUGUUAACCACUUAAAUGUUAUCCUGCUUCUGUUUUAUAGUGACUGUGAGGCCUACAAUGCAAGUAUAUAAUUAUUUUCUCAUUAAAAUAGAAACCUGU